UCCUCAUUCGGGCCCAGACCCAGAGUCCCAGAGACUCAGUCAAAUGCCGAAGCCUUGUUGGUUGGCAGUUACUGUCCAGCUUCGUUACAGUGUACAGGGCCGAGGGUGGUGACCCGUUUGACUUGUUUUCUUCGUAUUCAGGACUUUCAUCUCUCCCAAGAUGAAGACGUGGAUACUAGUACUAUUGUUGGUGGGGACAUUCUGUGUCUCCUCCACUCUGGCUAAGAGCAAAGUUACCAAGAAGGCGUACACGGAAGAACACAAGAAGCACAUCGCUAACAUAGAGGCCAAACUCGAGCAGCUUCGCGAGAUGGAGGAGGAGAUCGAGUCGGAAAUAGCUUUGGUCGAGGACGAGGAAGCGGAGAUCUUGCUCGAGGAGGAGGAUGGAGACGGCGCGCCGGAGGCGCAGAAUUUGGUCGAGCCUGACGCAGCGAACGACGAGGACGAUGAUGAAGAAGAGGAGGAGGAGGAAGCAGCGGCAGGAGAAACCGAGGAAGAGGAAGAAGAUGAGAGGCCGAUCCCACGAGGAGACCCCUGCAACGACAUGUAUUGCGGUGCAGGGCGUGAAUGCAUAAUCAACGAAGAAGGGGAAGGGGAGUGCCUAUGCCAGGCGGUCUGCGAGGAGGAGAUAGACCCACGGAGGAAGGUUUGCAGCAACCUGAACGAGACCUGGGUCUCAGACUGCGAACUUUACCGCCAGCGCUGCUUGUGCGAGGACGAAGAACCUGCUUGCACCAAGGAGGCAUAUGCUCACAUGCACAUCGACUACUACGGAGAAUGCCAGGAAUUCAGGGACUGCCAGGAAUCUGAGUUGGAGGACUUCCCGAGAAGGAUGAAGGAGUGGCUCUUCAGCAUCAUGCGUGACAUGGCCGACCGCAAGUCCUUGAGCGAGCACUACCUGGCCCUCGAGCAGGAAGCCGAGGAGGACUCCAACAAGCAGUGGACUAACGCAGUCGUGUGGAAGUGGUGUGACCUGGAUUCUUAUCCCCGUGACAGGUCCGUUUCUCGUCACGAACUCUUCCCCAUCCGAGCCCCUCUCAUGUCCAUGGAGCACUGCAUCGGGACGUUCUUGGAUUCUUGCGACCCCAACGACGACCACUACGUCAGCUUGAAGGAAUGGGCUGCUUGCACCAAGCUCUCUGUGAAUGACACAACCAAGUUGGAAGACCUGUGUGAGGGCAUCCGUGAUAAUUAAGGGCACUGUCGUGAGCCUGAGAGCUGUUUUAAAUGGGAGCCUUUCUAUUUUAUUCAGUAAUAAGUAAAGAACAAUAUUCUUGUAACUGUCUGAUGUUUAGUGAGCAAAGUUUUGCGUAUUCUUUCUUAUGAAUAUAGUUUUAGGCUUAAAGCAGUUCCCGAGUUAGUUAUGAGGGACUGCAAAGAGAUUCACCUGAGGAAAUGUGGCUCCAGUGUUUCUAUCAUUACUGAAGCUGUUUUUGCCAAGUACCAAGCCAGAUAUUUUUGUAAAUAAUAUAUACAUAAUCUUUUUAUAUACUGUAAGUUGAUCCAGGCAUUUCCCAAGACAAAAUAACAGUGUAAGAUCAAAACGUUUUGGGAUUUUUGAAAUGAGAAAAAUGGCCUACUACUUUCAUAUUUUGACAGGAAGUUGUCUUAAAAAGGACUGAGAGUAAGAGUGUCUUAGUUUGGCUUCUAUUUUCAAUGAAAUGAUCUAAGUUGCAUCAAUGUAUUUAGACUCUUCAACUGAGACAACGUAAUAGGAAGAGUUGUCACAAAAUCUACAGGAGGAUCGAGGGUUCAAUGUGCCACGAACAUAGAAACAUGUUCAGCUAAUCAUCAUGACAAAUUGGGAUAGGUUACUCCCCCCUUAACCACACUGCCAAGAGCUUUAUAUAUUUUUUAUUUUGUAGUUUUAAUUUGUAUAGUCUAACCUGUAAUCAUGAUUCCUAUGGUGCUUUUCAUUUGUCUGUGAUUCUUCGAAAGUUUGUGUUUUAGCUUGAAAAUUUUUAGAAGUUGUGUUCGGCUCCUUGUAAAAUCUAAUGUCAAAGAUCAGUAAAAAGCUGUAGCCUUUUCUUACAGAA